UAUAUUGCUAGCAAGGUGAGCUAAGCUAAUCACUUAAUGCCCAGUACAACUUUACAAUACUUUCUCCCUAUUGUGUGUUUAAAUCACUGUCCUUGCAGCAAUGACGAUAGCUUUCACAAACGACUUGGAGAUUUGCUACGUUCUGUUAUUUAGCUCAGUAAUGCUAUUAGCUCGGGGCUAACUGUCGAUAAACUCAAAACAGCCCAACUUCAAUGAACAAUUGACAGGCCUAUAAUGAGCGCCAGUCGUUUAAACGUCCCUCCUGUGGGGUAGUAUACAGAUUAACAAAGCAUGUGACCACGGGGCUCUGCAGCCAGAAUAUACAGCCCUCUCACAUGCUUUUCUCUACCAGGCAGCAACUAAACGGACUGUAGCUUGCAGUUAGAUUUGCGACCAUCUAGCAACCACACCGUAUGGUAUGGAAUAGGAUUUUUUUCGUCCAUGACGAUUGCAGUGAAGCAUAGGUUUGAGCUGGCCUUUCUCAUCAUAAACAUAUAGUCCUGAGGAUGGAUGAGGCAAUUCUGACAGUCAACAAUGAGCUAGACACUGAGGUUGUGGUGUCCUGGAUGUCAGAGCGAUGCUUUCAGUGUUUGUACCAGCAGCUUGGGGUAGUACCCGCAGGGUCCAGUCCUGGUCAACCCAGUUCUGUAAACUUCGUUGUGAGCACACAGCAUGAAAUUACACUACAGCUCAACAGCACCCCUGUCAACCUGGAACUCUGCACGGUCCCAUUCCACUUUGGGGAGCACGGGAACUACUCUCUGUGGGUAAAAAAUCUGAACAACUCUGCAGUGGUCAACUGCUCCGUAGUGACUGAUGCAGAACCUGUCAACAGCUACAUACCGAUCUUGGUAGCUUUUCUUAUCUUUGCUGGACUGGCCUUGGCGUCCGCCAUUGGAACAAUAAUAUUAGGGCUUGAUGUAGUGAAGGGUAUCCUCUUCCGAAUUGGUGGCUCCAUGGAGACGGAGAGGCUCAUCAACUCAGAACUAGGCUCCCCUGGCAGGACAGCGUCACUAGUCGCUGACAACAUCCUCCCUCCACCCCCCAGCCCCAGCAAGAGGCUGCGAUCUCUUGACACAUUCAGAGGUAUUGCCUUAGUCAUUAUGAUCUUUGUGAACUAUGGAGGGGGACGAUACUGGUUCUUUAGACAUGAAAGCUGGAAUGGCCUUACUGUUGCCGAUCUGGUCUUUCCUUGGUUCGUGUUCAUAAUGGGGACAUCCAUCGCCUUGUCAAUCAACUCCAUGCUCCGCGUGGGCUCCACCCGCUGCUCUCUGCUCAGGAAAGUUGUGUGGAGGAGCCUGCAGCUCUUCAUUAUUGGUGUCUUCAUCAUCAACCCAAACUACUGCCAGGGACCACUUUCUUGGGGCAACCUGCGCAUCCCUGGUGUCUUGCAGCGCCUGGCCAUCUCAUACUUAGUUGUAGCCUGCCUGGAUCUGUUGGUGGCGAGAGGUCAUCUUGACAUCCUUACAACGGAUGCUUUGUGGGGCCCUGGCCUUGACAUCUUGCUGUACUGGCCAGCCUGGCUCUGUGUGAUUUUCUUAGAAAUCAUCUGGCUAUGCCUAACUUUCCUGCUUCCUGUGCCAGAUUGCCCAACAGGCUACCUGGGUCCCGGUGGGAUCGGGGACAUGGGCCUGUAUGCUAACUGCACCGGUGGCGCAGCUGGUUUUAUUGACCGAUGGCUACUUGGAGAAAGCCACAUCUACCAAACUCCCUCGUCACGGGUGAUUUAUGCAACUCGUAUGCCAUAUGAUCCAGAAGGUGUUCUCGGCAGCAUCAACUCUAUCCUCAUGGCUUUUCUUGGAUUACAGGCAGGAAAAAUAAUCUUACACUACAGAGAUCUCCACACACACAUAAUGUCAAGAUUUCUUAUAUGGGGUCUCUUGUUGGGAGUCAUAUCAGCAGCUCUGACCAAGUGUUCUACAGACCAGGGCUUCAUUCCUGUUAACAAGAACCUAUGGUCUCUGUCCUAUGUGACAACACUAGCCUGUUUUGCAUAUGUGCUGCUAGUGCUGGUCUACUACACAGUGGAUGUGAAGAAGUGGUGGUCCGGAGCACCUUUCUACUACCCUGGUAUGAACUCCAUCCUGGUGUACGUGGGCCAUGAAGUGUUUGAGGAAUACUUCCCCUUCCGUUGGCGAAUGGUCAACAGCCAAUCCCACACCGAGCACCUCAUCCAGAAUCUCGUGGCUACUUCCUGUUGGGUUUUCAUCUCCUACAUGCUCUACAGAAAGAAAAUUUUCUGGAAAAUUUAGAAGCGGAACCCCUGAAUGAUGGGACAUUGUUAACACCAGAAUUGCUAUAGUUAAAAUCUGAAAAUAUUGGCAAAGCUGGAAACAGGAGACUGGUUUAUUUUGUCAAAACUAUGGUGGUUCUCUGUCCCUUAACUUAGGUUGUUUUUUUCAUUAAAACGGCACGUCUUUUUGUUUUUUUAAUUUCUUUUUCAUUUUCAGUCACUACUUUAUUCGACAAUAGAACACUUUUUUUCAAAGAUCUUCACAUAUGAAAUAGCUCAUCUCUGCCAAAUAUCUUAACUGACUCAGGAACUACUAAGAACUAAGAAUAGUUUGAGAGUUUGAGAACUAUGAAUACUGACAUUGUUAAUCUGUUUGUUGACAGUAUUAUAGAGGCUGGUUUCCCUUCCUCAUCUUGUACCACAGACUACAGCAGCAGGGUUUUGAAAUAGAGGUUUAAGAAGCCCUUGUUAACUUCCCCUUGAGAAAAUCCCUACUCCCAGUAGCCUUGUGUAAGUAAGUACUGUUGCAUUACUUUGAAAACUGAAAGGGUUUUUCUGAGAUUGACUAUGGAAGAGCAAAGGAAGACAUUAAAUGAUGUAACCAUCAAGAGAAAAUGCUACCAAGAAUGCAUUGUGAUCUUUUGCAAUUCCCACUACACAGUGUAAGAUGAAGGUGACAUUUGAACAGAGGGGAAACACUAUGUUGUUGUCUUAUAUGCAAUAUAUCAUUCCUUACUCUGUUCUCGGUUUUUCAUUUGCAAUCCUCUGCUCCCUCGCUCAGCAAGUGUCCAGGGAUGUGUCACAUGAUGCAGCAUGUUAUCAAGUGCUGAGAGGAAGUGAAGGAGGGCAUGUGGGAUGACCCAUUGGAGGUUGCCUGAUUUGCAUUUUGGUCAAUGCAGAAGCAUGCAUGUGUAUGUAUGACUUUGUCU